AAAUGUCCGCGUUUCAGGAUCUGUCAGUGCUUCCCACUGAAAUCAGGAUGGUGUUGGUGAGUAAAGAAGAGGUUUCUUGUGAGCAGCAGGGGUGGCACCCCAGCCUGGAUCAGGACACCAAGCCCUCACUCAUCAAAGAGGAACAGGAAAAACUGUGUAUAAGUCAAGAUGGAGAGAUGCCUCAAGGACAAGAGGAGGCUGAAAUCAAGUUCACCUUCAGUCCUGUUACCGUGAAGAGUGAAGAUGAUGAAGAAAACCCUCAGAUCUUGCAGCUUCAUCAAAUAAAAACUGAACAGAUGGAAAGAGGAGCUGAUGGAGAGGACUGCGGAGGAUCAGAAGAAACCAGAAGCUCAAAUUCUUUAUUGCGUGCAGGUGAUGUCAAGAUUGAGGAGUCCGCUACACCUUGGGAUGAAGACCUUAACAAUGCAAAGUGCACAGCAGUGUAUCAGUCAGAUUUAUAUUCAGUGGGAAGAAUUAGAGAUCAGGCACCAAAGACUGACAAGAAAAUGCAUAACUGUUCUGAUUGUGGCACAGUCUUUAAUGAGGAAAGUGUUUUAUUUGAACAUAUGAAAAUUCGUACAAAGGUGAACAUGGUGCAUGCAAUGUCCUUAUCCAAGUAG